GUCUCUCAUGUGGAUCUGUUAGAUUUCCCACCUGUCCGCUGUAUUGUACUGAAUUGUUACAGAUGACAAAUCAGGGGGAAGAUCUGACUGAUAUUAAAGUGGAGGAUGAAGAAGAGAAGAUGAUGGGUGAUCCCCCAUGUAAGAGUGAGGUGGAGGAGGACAUUCCAGGAGAUGUCACCACAGAGAAUCCCAAUAAGAAUUCUGAGGAUGUCAUAGUAUCACUAAAUUAUAAUGUAGAAGAUAAAGAUAUCACGCCACGCUCUUCGGGAGGAAACGUCAUUACUCUUCAGUUAUUUCCAGUACUUCACAGCACAUAUCUGUUAUAUAAUUCCUCUAAUCAUGAGGAAUCUUCUCCUAACCAAUCAAAAAUUAUCACAAGUGCUGGCCAGAAAGGGGGUAAAUGGUUUCAGCGUGGUAAAGAGUUGACAAAAAGCUCAGGUCUUUCUACACACAGAAGGACUCACACAAAGAGGAAGCCAUACUCCUGUUCAGAAUGUGGUAGGUGCUUUACAGAUAAAUCCCAUCUUGCUACACAUGAGAAAAUUCACACAGGGGAGAAACCAUAUUCAUGUCCAGAAUGUGGGAAAUGUUUUACAGAUAAAUCAACUCUUGUUAGACAUGAGAAAAUCCACAAAGGAGAGAAGCCAUAUUCAUGUUCAGAAUGUGGGAAAUGUUUUACACAGAAAUCAAAUCUUGUUACACAUCAGAGAAGUCACACAGGAGUAAAACCGUAUUCAUGUUCAGAAUGUAGAAAAUGUUUUGCCCAGAAAUCAACUUUAGUUAGACAUAAGAGAAGUCACACAGGGGAGAAACCAUAUUCAUGUUCAGAAUGUGGGAAAUGUUUUGCACAUAAAUCACAUCUUGUUACACAUGAGAGAAUUCACACAGGAGAGAAGCCGUAUUCAUGUUUAGAAUGUGGAAAAUGUUUUACAACAAAAUCAGGUCUUGUUUUACACGAGAGAAGUCACACAGGAGAGAAGCCAUAUUCAUGUUCAGAAUGUGGGAAAUGUUUUAUACAGAAAUCAUAUCUUGUUACACAUGAGAGAAGUCACAAACGAGAGAAACCAUAUGCAUGUUCAGAAUGUGGGAAAUGUUUUGCACAUAAAUCAAAUCUUGUUACACAUGAAGGACUUCACACAGGAGUGAAGCCAUAGUCCUGUUCAGAAUGUGAGAAAUGUUUUAUGCAGAAAGGAUAUCUUGUUAAACAUGACAGAAUUUACACAAGAGAGAAGCCAUAUUCAUGUUCAGAAUGUCAGAAAUGUUUUACAGAGAAAUCAAAUGUUACACAUGAGUGAAUUCACACAAGAGAGAGAACCUGUAAUGCUGAAUUGCUAUCUGGCAACACACGUGUGCAAGCAUUAGUACGGAUCUGGCAGUCUGUUCUCCUGCCAGAACAGACUGUCGGACAAACCUAACACUAAUGUUAAAGUAGCCUUACAAAGUUGGAGCAAUAUGGCAACAUGAGUCGCUCCACAGCAAGUCUCAGAAUAGUCGAGCAACUUGUCUGCUACUUGCUGUCGUGCAGCUUUUUUAGUUGUUAUUUUCUUUUGAUGGAAUUAUCAUGGCUCUAUCAAUGUAAUGCUCAGAAGAAAAGGGCCUUGUUUACUUACAGAGCAGUGAAGAUGAACUGUCCCCAUGAACCUUGUUUCUUAUCACUGUAUUCACACCUCCACCCACACUGCAGGAGAAUCCAGAGUGACAUGGGGGAGAAGUAACGACGCUCCAUGUAAUAGUUUUAUAACAUAUGUGGACAUUAAUAUUUCGUCUUCAUACAAACAGUAUUUACAGAUAAAAUUAAAUCUUCUAUUUGCUCCACGACAGCGUCACCAUUGUCACUGACAGACAUUGUCUUCUUGGCUCAUAUUAUUCUUUCUCCUAGCGCUGUGACAUUCAUUGCUCUUACAGACUCCUGUGCGGAGACAGUGAUAUUGGUGGCAUGAUGACUACAGUACAGACCAAAAGUUU